UGACGCUCUCCCAACUGAGCUAUCCCCGCUUGAUGUUUUUUAAAGAUAUAUAUUUAAAAUAUCGCAAAACGAAAUUUUUUUUUGAAGUAUAAAGCAAAGCGACGACUUGGGGAAAAGUAGAUGAAAUUUUGGAGAGAUCUAUCUGCGAUUAUUUUUGUCGAAAUUCCCAAUUCCUGAGUCAAGAACCCUAAUUUCAAUAUGGUUUGCAUAAUGUGUUUGGUGCCGCUGUUCCUCAUCCCUCUCGUCAAUUUACUGCCUCGGAUCUUUGAUUUGUUAAUGGCCAAAGUGUAUGGAUGGUUCGGAUGGGAAUACAGGAAGCCAGCGAGAGUUCCUCCAGCUUGUCCUUUCAAGCCAACUGUCACCAAAGUAGCUGCAGAAACAAUAAGUGAAGGUACAGAAACGAUAGCUAAACCGGAGGAUACCACUGGUGGGGUUAAGCAGGAUUGAACCUUUAGUCGUCCUCCCUCCUUUAAUAAAGCUUUUAACAUUCUGUGGACAUGUUUUGGAUAAGAGAGGAACCUUUGUGUGUGUGUGUCAUAAUAAUGUACGUUCAAAGUUUAUGGUCAUUGUUGUAACAGAUAUUUUUCUUAUAUAGUGUUUACAUGUGCGAGACUUUGAAUUCCU